AGGAAAAAAGAAUGUGAUAUUCGAAUCCAGCUUCCUCAAGUUUCUAAAGAACAUUGUAAAAUUGAAAUCAAUGAAAAUAAAGAGGCAGUGCUGUUUAAUUUGAGUUCUGCGAACCCAACACAGCUAAAUGGGACUCUCUUUCAAGAUCCCACACACUUAAAACAUGGGGAUAUACUUACAAUUAUCGAUCGUUCUUUCAGAUUUGAAUAUCCACGUUCAUCACUUCCUCAGAAGAGACUUUCUAGAUCUCAAGAGAAGGAAACAUUACAGAUUCUUCAUGUUCAGCAUAUGCAACAGAUGGACUUGCUGCACCCGCAGAACUCAGAUUACAAAAGUUCUCCGAUUACUGGCAAGAAAUUUGAAAUUUGCUCUCCUAAAAGAAAUGAGAAAAAACUUCAAAAACAAUAUAGCACACCUGAAUUUAAUUGCAAAACGCCGAGCGUUGAAAAAGCAAAUGAAUUGUCUCCUUUUAGCAAACUCUAUGAAUUAAUGAAGCAUAAAGAAGGCACAGGCAAUGCAAAGGAAAAUACUGGUGAUGAGACCUUGCUGGAAGAUGUAUUUCACUCAAGAUCCAGGAGGUCCGCAAUGCGUCGAGCAAAGUCAACUAAAGUUGAACAAUCUGAAGACAGUAAAAUUCAAGGAAACCAUGAUCUUGUAGCAAGUCCACUACCAACAUUUGAAGAGAAGAAUUCUGAAAAAUCACCAAACACUCAAAAUUGUGAUACACGACAAAAACAAGAAUGUGAAGGUACAAAUCAGUCAGAUUUUAAGAACAUAGAAGAUGAUGAAGUGGGAAAGCAUGCACAUUUUAAAGCCAACCAGCAGAGCGCACAGCAUUUCCCUGAAACAAGUAUGCAGUCAUUGGACGAUUCAGAAAAGUCUAAGUGCCUUAACAAAUUUGACGUAAUAGAUGUUUUCACAUCUGUAGAAAAUGCUUUGCCCAAAACAAACCCUAGCUGGGAGAGUACUCAGAAUUAUUCCAGUCCACAUUCUAGAAGGUCUAGAAGAUCUUCCAAGUCCAGAAGGACAGGGGUUGAAGUAGAGUCACUGAACAGAAGGAAGAGCUCUGGAGAAAUGAAAGAGUGCCCUGUACAAGUUAGUGAGCAGGAGCAUGAAUCUGGUAUUUUGAUUGAAAAUAUAUAUUCUAAAACAAACGAAAAUAGAGAACUGGUCACAGAAACAGCGCCUAAUCUGAAAGAUUCAGAAGAUGGACAUUCUAGUACUGUUUUCAGUUCACGUCAUCUUAAUACUAGUGAAAACUGCAAUAACAACAUUGAACUAAAUAAAACUAUUUCAAAUGGAUAUUCUUGUGUAGAGGCAGUAGAUAAAGAAUCAAUGAUUCCUGCAAAUCUUUCCCAAAUCAGUGAAAUAAUGGCAAAUGAGAUUCCUGAAAAAACCUUGGAAACGAAAUGUCCUGCAAAUGAAAAUAAAAAAAUAGGAACAGAAAACCAUGAGCAGAAUGUUAAUAUGAAAAACGAUAUACCUACUUUUCCCAGUUAUGAAAGCAGAGUUCAAAUAUCAGCCAAGGUUAAUGCUGGUUCUGAAAUGAAUGUGUUAUGUCCACUUAACAAAAAGUCAGAGGCUAGGAAAUCACCUCAAAAGCGUAGAGGUACAGAACUAGAUCUUCUAGUCCAAUCACUUGGAAAGAGGAGGAGAGUGUCUUUUGGUGGCCAUCUGAGUCCUGAACUCUUUGAUAAGCGCUUACCUCCAAACUCGCCACUUAAAAAGGGGGCCAUUCCAGCAAGAUUAAGCAUGCCAUUUGGAAACUCACCAAGAGCAGUUCUGAAAAAAGCUGCAGAAGUAAGGCAGUCUGUAACACAGGGUUCCUUUGAGAGGAAGCAAUAUGAAAAUAUUGUGUCAAGGCAAGCUGACUUAGAUAGUGUGCCCCAAAGGCAACAAUAUAUCUCUGAUCCUCAUGUUGCAAGAAGUCUAUCUUCAGAGGGUGAAGCAACUUCUACACAAGAGGGGCAUACGGAGAGCUUAGUCAGUGAAUUUAAAAAAGCAGCAUCUAAUGCCACUUCAUCAUUAAGGAGCAAAACCUGUACGAGGAGAAGUUCUAUAAGGAGAAAAAGUGGAACUGUGGGUACUAUUCGUUCCAAAAGACGAAGUGGUGCUUCUGAAGCCAACUUGAUGGUUGUGAAGUCUUGGGCAGAAGUCGUGAAACAAGGUGUUCCAAAAGUGCAACUGAAGUCUGCUUCAAAACAGGUGCUUAAAACAAGAAAGACGAAGAAAGUGGCAUCAAAAUCAUCAAAGAAUAACAAUUCUUUAAAAACACCAAAAAGAAAAAUUAGUGGUCACUUCUCAACAGGACAUGCAAAUUCUCCUGCUCCAAUUGUGGUUGGAAAAGCUCAUACUAGAAUUUUGAACGUAACUGCACAGGUUCCUACGGUGAUGAACAAUUAUUCUUUGAAAAAGCAUUGUGACCUCAAUGAAAGUUUUACAGAAAAAAACUCUGUUUUGGAUGUUAAUAUUUCAAGCCAAAAAAGAGCUUACAAGAGCAGUCAAGAUGUAAUGUCUCCAGCACUGGAAGAAGUAUCACAAAUACCCAUUCAUGAUAAUUUAAUGGUAUCACUAAAUGAAAGAAAUAUAAUGGGAAUGGAAGAAAAAAACCUGCAACAAGAAUCAGAACCAGGCAGACAGCUUUUGGAAAUCAAGAGGCUCUUGAAGACAAAGAAGGAAAAAUCUGAACCCCUUGAGGCGCUUUCAGGGGUCAAGAGGCUCCUGAGGACACCAAAGAAAACGUCAGAGCCAGUCGAGGCGCUUUCAGCAGUCAAAAGACUCUUGAAGACACCUAAGCAAAAGUCAGAGCCAGUCGAGGCUCUUUCAGGGGUCAAGAGGCUUUUGAGGACACCAAAGCAAAAGUCAGACCCAGUUGAGGCGCUUUCAGCAGUCAAGAGGCUCUCGAAUACACCUAAGGAAAAGUCAGAGCCAGACGAGAUGCUUUCAGAAGUCAAUAGGCUCUUAGAGACCCCUGAACAAAAAUCCGAAUCUGAUGAGAUGCUUUCAGGAGUCAAGAGGCUUUUGAGGACACCAAAACAAAAGUCAGAGCCAGUCGAGGAGCUGUCAGCAGUCAAAAGACUCUUGAAGACACCUAAGCAAAAGUCAGAGCCAAUCGAGGCUCUUUCAGCAGUCAAGAAGCUCUUAGAGACACCUGAACAAAAAUCAGAACCUGUGGAGGUGUUUUCAGCAAUCAAGACACUGAAAACACCCAAACAGACUAUGGCGCCUCUUGCUGAUGAUAUCUAUACUAAAUCUAGGUUAUCUACUGAAGAAGUAUCAAAGGACAUGAUUGGAAGUGUUACCAAAAAUAAAACACAAAUUAUGGAAGAUACAAAUAUUAAUGACAUUACUGAGGAAGUUAAGGAAACUGUGAAGACAAUAGAAGAUAGAGGAAAUAAUCAAAUGAUGUCACCAAAAGAAAGAUUUGAACCCAUGAAUAAUAUGGUUGGCAGCAGUCAGACAUUGAAAGCAUCAAAAUCUAUGCCAACUGAUGACUACUUGGGAUUGCAGAAAUUUAUGGUUGAACCUCGAGAGAGUUCUGUAAUUCCUGAUAUAGGUUAUACAGGUGUCAAAGAAAUGUUGGACACUGAAAAUGAUAAGGAUAAAAUGCCGGAAUCUCUGAAUUUUGUGGAAGAAAAUGGAUCUUAUACCAGUUCCAGAAAUAAACUGGACUCCAUGGAAAGUGUGCCUGGAAGUUGUGAAGCAAACCUGGAAAUGAAAAUUGAAAAAGAAUCUCAUUUUCCAGUUACAAAAAGUAACAGUAGUGUUCCAAACCACGUAGGCCAUAUUGCAUGUAAUUCAUUUAGUGAAUUGAAAACAGAGUUCAACAAAAAAACAACCAGAACAAUCUCUCUCUCUGAAAACUACGAGCCAGAUGGAAUGAGUUUCAAAAAUGAAGCCGAAACUGAUUUUGUAAAGGAAGCAGCUGAAAAUUCUGAUGCAUUAAAACCAGAAAACCCUGAACCACUUGCUUUGGCUAGAACUAGGAGAAAGAAAAUAAAUGACUCCAGUUCUGCAAUAGAUACAAAGAUGAUUCAGAGGCAUACAAAGAAUAGAUCAACAUCAGCUAAUUGUGAGCAAAUCAUUGAAAGUUUUGACAGCCACACAGAACUAAACCCAUCACACGAAUCCGAAAGCAAUUUUACAACAAUUGAAACAACCAAAUUAUCUAAAAGAGGAAGACCAAAAAAGCAAUGCGUUGAAACAAAUGGGAAUAUAGGAUCUGACAACAUAAGCUAUACUCAGGAAUUAGAAAAAUCUUUAAAGGAAGUAACAGUGGAAAAACAGCCUGUAAACAGGAGAAAAGUGCCAACUAAAAGAAAAGGAAAAACUGUAACAAGUAUGGAUUUGGAAGAAAAUGGACCAAUUCAAGAAAACGAAAGUGAUUUAACUGCCAAAACAAGGCUAAGAUCUAGAAAUGUAAAAAAGAGUGCAAGUGAUGUAAAGACAUUUGCCAAAGGUAAAGUGAAUGAUACAGUGUCAGAGGAAGAAAGUAAUAAAAGAAAUAAGAGAAGAAAGAUUGCCGCAACAGAAUCAACAUUAAUCACAACUUUGAAUGCAGAUAGGCAUGAAAAGCAAAAAUGUACAAUAUCUAAAAUAGGUAAAACCGAAGCUUCAGAAAAUAAUAUAACAGCAGUGGAAGAAAAUUUAGUGAAGAAGAAAAAAGUACAAUUUCUACUUAGGGAGUCCUUUAAGGCUUCUGAAGAAAAACGUGCACUUAGAUAUGAGAGUAAUAUUCAGAAAGAAGAAGAAAGUCAAACUGAAAACAUUUGUAAUGGGAUUCCAAAGGUUUCCCUAGAAAUCAUGCAAACUCCUGUGGAGCCCAGUCCACCCAGAAUAGAAAAGCUAUCAAGAAAGAAUCUGCGUAGCAGAGGUAGAGGCAAAAAAUCAGUUUUAGGUCCUUCUGUAGAAAGUGAAAACAAUCGGGCCUCUGAUGGGAAAGAUCAUGAUGUGAUUGUCAGUCUAAAAGAAAACCAGCCCAGAAGAGGCAGAAGGAGAAAGGUAGAUCAAGUUCUCCUCAAAUCUAUUCCUUUAGAAAAUAAUACUUCUGGAGAUUCAGCAGUGAGCAAAUGCCCUUCAUCCCCAGGCAGAUGUUCUUUGCCACAAGUUCAAAAAGAAAAAUUUGAAGAAUCUGAAAUGUUGCCAUUAGAAAAUGUGCAAAGUCGUGAAGGGCGCAUUCCGCCAAAAAAGGUAGUAAAAGAAAAUCCACCCAGAAGAGGAAGAAGCAAGCAAGUCAAUGAAACAUCCGGUAUUAAAGAAGCUGAUGUCCAAGGUCCAAAUAUGGCCAUCAGACAAGAGGAUAAUCAGUCCAAAAGGACAAGAGGGAAGAGAGAUACUCAAAAAUCCUGUUCACCGAAGAGCCAAAGGACAGUGAAAGAGAAUCCACCCAGGCAAGGCAGACGUAAAAAAAAUAUUUCUGGUGACAUUUCUAUAAAUUCUGACAGUACACACAUAAUCCCUAUAAUAGAGGAAACUAUGGAUGGCAAAAAUGCUUGUCUUGCAAAGGAGGAUCAAUCAAAAGUAGGUAGAAGAACAAGAAACACUGUUGUAUUUCAGAAAAUCCUUUCUGUCAAAAACGACACUUGUCCAAACAGAGGGGAACAUUCCGAUGAGCAGCCAAAUGAAGAUUUGAAGACAGCAAAUAAUGCAAAUGAGAAUUUCACCUACAACUGUAGAAAAAGGAAAGCUGUUCCUGAAAUUUCAGCGAACUCAGUUUCUUCCAGUAAAAAAUCUGAAUGUAUUGAUGAUGACAUUCAGCAAAAUGGAAAGGCAAAUUCAAAAACUGUAUCAAAACAAAAUACAACCAGAAAUAAAAGGAAACAAUUAACACCUUGUGGAAUGUCAGCAAUGAGUAAUGAUGAACUAAGAAUUAACAGUAAAAAGAGUCCACUAGUAACAGAUAAUGUUGGUCCUUUAGAAAACAAUUUUGGAAAACGCCAAUCAAAGAAGCAAAAAGAAGAAACAAAUAUUACAUCACUAGUUUCUCCCUCCUUGAAAGUGAGCAUCACUUUGUCACCAUUAUCUUGUAAUGAAAAUCAAAAUGGAAAUUGCAAAGUUUCUGUUGGGAAAAGGGAAUUAGCAAAACUUUCAGGUACAUGCAAUAUAAAGACACGCUCUCUCAGACGAAAGGACAUUAUUCCAAAAGAAGAACUUGUUCGUGAAACCCAAAACAAAGAUUUGCAGGAAACAGCUGUGGUAACUGUGAUAAAUCAAAGAAGAGGUAGAAGAAAAAUUAAUAAACUUGAGGCUGCUGAAGAAAAAUGUUCACUAUCUGGAGGCAGUGAUAAUUUUCCUGAUGAACAAAUUCUAAAUAAUGUUUCAAAUAAAAAAGUCUCCUUAAUGGGCAAGGCACCGAAAGUUCUUCAAAUAAAAACCAUGACUCAAAACAUCAAUAAAAAUGAUUCAUCUAAUUAUGACCAAAAUAAAAAUCUUAAGCACUCAAGUAUGCUGGUGCAAAAGAGUUCAUCAGAACGUGCGAAAAGAAAACAGAUUAACAAUUCAGAAACAAGUACCAUUGCUAACAUGGUGAAAAAUGUAAUUCUGGAAAGUAAAUCAACGGUAUCUAAAACAGUAUGUACAGUGCAAACAAGAGGUAAAAAGAAAGAAGAAAAUACCACUCUGUCAGCUGAAUUGCCUAAAGAAACCGAAAGCAGGACAAGAGCAAGCAAAAGAAUAAGAAAAUAGAUUAUAAUAUUUGCUCUGAGUGAAUUUUUUAAUCCAAAAAAUUACGGC